AUGUCUCUUGUUUAUAAUGAAGUAUCUAGACUUAAUUUGCACAGUGAAGAUAAAACAGCGCUCCGUAUCAUUUUUACUAAUAAUCCAAAAAUAAAAGAAGAGGUAAACAUGGUUCUUAUGUCAAUUGAAAAUGAUAAUGAAAAGAUAAGUUAUUUGAAAUUAACUAUCAAGCGCAAGAAAGUCCGUCCAUGGAAUGAAACUGAAGAAGAUCUAGGAAAGUUUUGGAGUUUUUUAGUGAAUGCUAAAAUUGAUAAUAAUUUCCUUCAGCUACCAGAAGGCGUCUACUUCUUGGGUGAGAAAGAGCAAGGCGCUAUUUUAUAUAUCCGUGAAUGUUACCUCCACUUAGUUGAUAUUAUCUUUAAUGGGAAAAUACGUCGUUGUCGUAUUACUGGUAAUCCCGGAAUUGGCAAAACUUUUUUCGGCUUUUACCUACUUUAUUUUCUUUCAAAACAAAAUAAAACCAUUGUAUACCACAAAGCUUGUCAAUAUCCAAUUCUCUUUAACAAGCAAUAUACCUUCCGUAGUGAUAAUAUCUCUGACUUUAAAGAGUACUUGGAUGAUACAGAUGUCUGGUAUAUUGUAGAUGGCCAACCACCACUCCAAGUUCGUGCUAAGACGAUCCUUUUCUGCUCUCCUCAAAAACGACAUUACAAGGAAUUUGAUAAGAUGGUUGGAACAACGAUACGCUUUAUGCCAGUAUGGUCAUGGAACGAGGUCAAUGAAUGCAGAAUCGGUAUGUUCGAUCAUCUCGAAGUAGCGAAGGUUGAAGAUUUGUACUCACGUUGGGGAGGGAUUCCUCGAUUCGUCUUAGAAAAAGCUCUAGAUUCUUCACAGCAAAAUCAUCUCGAAAAUGCAAUUAGCAAGUGUAAUGCUAGAUUAUUAGAAUUUGUUGGGGAAAUUGACCAUGCCGACGACGUCAGUCACAGAAUCAUUCACAUUCACACGAAUGUGGCCGGUGAAGAGGGAGAAGAGGAUGAGGAAGCACCCUAUAUUAAAAAAUUUAUACUAUUUGCAUCUGAAUGGGUGGCUGAAAAAGUUAUGGACAAACUUGAAAGAAAUUAUUGUCAACAGUUAAGGAAUUUUGUGACUGCAAGCUUGUCGGGAAAUGAAUACAAUACGCUUCGGGGCGUCAUAUUCGAACAAAUUGCACAUCGAAUUUUACAACGGGGAGGGACAUUUGAUAUUCGUUCUUUAGAAUCUGACUUUACAAGUACGAUUGAAAUUCCAGAACGGAUUAAGUUAUUAUUUAAUGACAUUAAUAAGAUUGAGGAGGGCAAGUACUGUCAACCGAUUCAAAAGAAUUUUUCAUCCAUUGAUGCAGUAGUUGCACCCCAUACACUCUUUCAUAUGACCAUAAGCAAGAAUCAUCCUAUUAAUGUGAGUGGCAUGAAAAAGCUCGUUGAAAAGUUGGGUGGAAAGUCGGAAACAAAUCCUAUAUAUUUUUAUUUUGUCUUACCGAAAGAUUUAUACGAUAAUUACCAAGCACAGCCUUUUUAUACCAACGACAAAACUGUUGCUAAGAGAAUACCAUGUUGGAUCACUAAUCGUGUUAAGCAAUACGCAUUGAAAAUUGACUUGAGUUCCUGGUGA